GAAAGUAAAGCUGGCCAGCAGCGUAUAACAAACAAAACAAAAACUUAAGGUUUUGUGGCUGCUGGGACAUAAGCUAAUCAAAAAAAAAAAAAGAAGAAAGAAAAAAAAGAAGGCGAUUUAGAGAAAUUUAGGCAAAAAUAAGGGCAACAUACACUCCGAAAAAAGGAAUUCAUUGGAGUUUUGCUAUUGAUCUCGAGUGGCAUUGUAGGUUAAGAAGCAGAAUAUGACUAAUAGCACGAUAGUAUAUUUGUGGUGGUUGAUUUUGUUCAUGGCAAAUGGAUGGUGGUGCUGCUACUGUUGUUGGAAUGAAGAAAGGACUGCUCUAUUGCAACUCAAAGCAAACAUAAAAGACAGUAUAGGCAACGACUAUUUGUCAUCGUGGGGGGCUAAUGAAACCUCGGAUUGUUGUCGAUGGGAGGGAAUUGUUUGCAGCAACAUCACCAGAAGAGUCAUAGAGUUGUCCAUUAUUGCUAAGGAAGAACAACUUAGUAAUGGUACAUAUACUGAUGAUAUUUUGAGGAACUGGCUUUUCAAUGCAUCUUUAUUUGUUCCCUUCAAAAGUCUCAAAGCUCUGCUCCUACCUGGACAUUCAUUGGCCGGUUGGGUGAAGAAUGAAGGUUUCGAGAAACUUAGACGAUUGAGAAAACUAGAAGUACUUAAUUUGUCUCGGAACAAUUUCAAUCGCAGCAUCUUUGAGUCUAUUAGUCAACUUUCAUCUCUCAAGUCAUUGUACCUCGCAGAAAAUAAUAUUGGAUCAGGUUCCGAGAAACUGAGAAAUUCGAGGAAAACAGAAAGUCUUGAUUUAUCAUGGAACUGCUUUAACCGCAGCAUCUUUCAGUCUCUUAGUCAUCUUUCGUCUCACACGUCAUUGAACCUAGCAAACAACCGAAUUGCAUCAGGUCGGGAGAGAUUGUCAGGGUUAGACAAGCUAGAAAUCUUGGAUUUGAGCAAUAAUGCACUCGAUGAUGAAAAUGGGUUCGCUGCUUUAGGCUUGUGUGAUCUAAAGUAUCUUGAAGAACUAAGUCUCAGCAGAAACAAAUUCAUUGGGAGACUCCCUCCAUGUCUUGGGAACUUAACAUUUCUUCAGGUAAUUGAUCUCACUGAAAAUCAGUUUACUGGAAACAUUGCCUCAUCUCCACUUUCACGGCUCUUGUCCCUUGAAUAUCUCUUGUUAGCAAACAACAAUUUUGAAAUGCCAAUUUCAUUCGAAUCGUUUGCUAACCAUUCAAAACUUAAGUUUGUCACUGCUGACAACAACUCAGUAAUUUUACAAACUCCUUCUAGUAACUGGAUUCCCAAGUUUCAAUUGGAAACCUUGUCAUUAUACAAUUGCUCUCAAAUGCCAAGUUUCCUUCAUUAUCAACUUCAUUUAAGGUUUCUUCGUCUCUCGAACUGCAACAUUGGUGGAAACUUUCCAAAUUGGUUGUUAGAAAACAAUUCCAGACUGGAAGAAGUUUACUUGGGUGGAAAUGCAUUCACUGGAUCUCUUCAAUUGCCAUUCCUUCCUUAUCUGAAAGCUUUUGAUAUCUCCAACAACAAGAUUCAAGGAAAACUUCCACCUAACAUUGGGUCAAUUAUCCCGAAUCUCCUGAUGUCAACAAUGUCCAACAAUAUGAUUGAAGGCUUGUUGCCUUCAAGUUUUGGUGACAUGAAAGGCCUUGAAUGCUUGGAUUUGUCAUACAAUAAGUUAACAGGAGACCUGUCGAUUGGAUUGCCCUGUGAAGGAUCCAAGUUGUUUUUACUGAGAUUGUCAAAUAACAUGUUGGCAGGGGAGAUAUUUCCAGUUUCUGCUAACAUAAACAAUUUAGCAUAUUUAUACUUGGAUGGGAACAACUUCUCUGGCCCAAUUCCAAGGAAGUUAUCGACUGCUCCUUUACGUACAUUGGACUUGAGUUACAACAAAUUGUCAGGAAACAUACCAGCCUGGCUUGGUGAUAUCUCCUCCUUAACUUCCCUAGCAUUGACCAGAAACCAUCUAACGGGUCAUAUUCCGCCUGAUUAUUGUAGACUUGAAGGACUUGAGGUGUUAGAUCUCUCUGAAAACAACCUUGUUGGUGUGAUUCCAUCAUGUUUCAAUGCUUCGCUAGCCUUAAAACAUGUGUUUUUGAGCAAAAACAAGUUACAAGGGGAAUUUCACAUGUUCUCAAACUCUGACCAUUUACAAGUGUUGGAUCUUAGAGAAAACAAAUUCAGCGGCUUCGUUCCAAAAUGGUUUGGAAGUCUUGGAAUUACCACCUUACUCUUGAAAGGAAAUCAUCUUCAAGGCAUCAUUCCCAGAGAGCUGUGCCUCGCGAGUAAAUUGAGAAUUAUGGAUCUUUCUCAUAAUAAUAUCUCGGGUCCUAUUCCUCAUUGCUUUGGGAACAUAAUGCAACAACAUUUUAUAAUAGAAAGAUACCCAUACUGUCCACCACUUGGAUAUGCAGGAUUCCAGAUGUUUGGAAGAGAUGCUGUGAUAGACGUAGAAUCCUCAAUGAAGUCAUCAUCAACACAUUUCUUCCGUUAUAACUAUCCAUGGAUUCGAGCAGAGUUCACGACCAAAUAUAACACCUAUUCAUACGAAGGUAGGACUGUUGACUAUAUGACUGGAAUUGAUCUUUCUUGCAACCAGUUAAGUGGUGAAAUACCCAAGGAACUCAGUAAUCUUACCCAGAUUCAUGCAUUAAACUUGUCACAUAACCACCUUACUGGAGCAAUACCAUCAGAAUUCUCAAAUCUCCGGAAUAUUGAGAGUUUGGACCUGUCCUACAACAACUUGACUGGGAGUAUUCCCACUCAACUUCUGAAGUUGACAACUCUAGCAGUUUUUACCGUGGCACAUAAUAAUCUAACGGGAAGGACUCCACAGCGUUCUGCGCAGUUUGCAACUUUUAGUGAAAGCAGUUAUGAGGGAAAUCCUUUUCUUUGUGGUUUUCCAUUGAACAUCAGUUGUACGGAGCCUAGAGAGAUUCCAAUAUACCCUCCAGCACCAAACUGCUGCAAAGAUGAUGCUUCUUUUUUAGAUAUGGAGUCGUUCUAUAUUUCCUUUCUUGUGGCAUAUGCAAAUGUGGUGGUUGCUGUGGUUGUAGUCCUCUGGGUAAACCCUUACUGGAGAAAUGUUUGGUUUUAUUUUGUCGAGUCUUUCAUGUAUUCAUGUUACGAUUUUUUCGCUUCCAAAAGGUCAAUUUAAUUAUGUAACAUUUCACUAUGCAAA